AGGCUAUGUAGUGCUAAAUAGUCUUCAGGAUAGACAGAUAGAUGAUAGAGUAGAUAAAUAAGGGUAGGCGGUGGCUGAAUGGAUAGCAAGACGGCCCCGCGUUCAGGAGGACGCGAGUUCAAUCCCCGACCGGUGCCACCAAGCUGGGAUUUUUCAGCCGCCGCCGAGUGGCUUAAAACUACCCACAUGCUGUCCAGAAGACCACCUAUCAACCCGGACUCUAGAUUCUAGGAUUAAAGAUGAGCUCCGGGAGGGCAGCAUGAGCCAAUGCAAGAUGGCGCCACUAUAAACACUCGCCUGCGCCAGAACGGGCUGGGCCGACCAACAGGCCCCACCGGGAAGAAGCCUUGGACCGACCAUCAGGAAUUCAGGAUCCACCGGGAAAAAGCCUACCGGCGCAAUAGGCUACGACGUAAAAAAAAAAAAAAAUAGAUAGAUAGUUGUGAUUUCAAACUGACUAGCCUCUCGUGUAGCCUAUCUCUUCUUUUUUAUUUUAAUAGACACGGCACACUAGAGACGAGAGGAGCAUCAUGCGAGCCGAGGUCCAGAGGUACAAGGAUGCUGAGAAGUCCCUGCAAGAUGACGAGGGAAGAAGCAUUUCCAGCAAAAGAAUGUCAAUUCGGCGCAGGAUCUACGCUCAAGGCUGCAACGAGGGGAAUGUACCAAGAGGUGAGAUUGGCAUGAGCGCGGAGGUGAAGGCGCAAGCAAACGCCAAACUGUCGGACAUCGUUGCGCGCGCCAAGGAACAACUCGCUCUUCCGCCGCCGCCAACCACAACCUCGUCCAACACUGUCUCGCCCCGUCGCUUUUUCCUGCCCAAGAAGAAGGGAUCGAGGCACCACACUAAACGCGAGAAAAAGUCCAAGAAGCAGCCACACAAGAAUAUCCACAGUCCGGACACAUCUCCCUCAAGCCCUGAUGUCACUACGAACCCACCCAGCAAGGCAAGGGAUAAGUGCUAUUUAUUCCUACACAUUUUUUAUUAAGCAACUUUAUCUUGUUAUUUUGCAGAAGUCACCAGUUCUUCUUCUUCUUCUUCUUAGUCUAUUAUUCUUUUUAUUCUAGUCUAUUCUUCGUCAACUUUCACAUCUUCCUUCCCAACUCACUUUGUCAUGUAAUUCCUCGUUGUUUCUGUUCCAUGUGAUGCAGAAGUGUGUCCCCCCAGCAGCAGACCAGCAGCCCGGCACCUCCUCCGGUCAGCCCAAACAUGCUAAGGAGAAGCCCAGAGCAACAGGAACCAGUGAAUCAACAACAACCUUCAGGAAGCCACAUGAGAGAGCCGAGAGCAAGCAACCCAAGGCCUCGACAGACAAGAGCUUCAUGUUUGAGUACCUGAUGACGGCUGUGAACGAAGUGCUCGACGAAAACAUUAACCUCAUCCCGGGAGCCACAGGGUUGAGCUCGGAGAUUGUCAAGAACAUCCACAAGAAGUAUGAGAUGAGUGGAAAGGUCAAGGAAGAGCGAACCCAGAGCCAAGGUCAAGGCAAGGGGUACGGAGGUCAAGCCAUGGGGUCAGUGGAGGUCGUACGCUCCCUCAAGGAUACCGAUGAUGACACAGUCCGCCCCAUAGGUCUGCUCCCGAGGCCGACGGACAUGCCCAAAACACCAUCUUGCCUCGACUUCCUACGCGGGACUCCACAGGAUUCACCCACCCAGUCUGACAAGGAUAUGGACGUUGGCGUGGGGUGGGUCCUCGGGAAGUCGUCCAAUCCUACCGCUGCCGUUAUGGGAUCCUACGACAUCGUGGAGCAUCAUAGGGCAAGGGAGGGGAUGGUGAAGGACCCCCAAUGCAAUGCCUCGGAGUAUAAGAACCCACAAGUGUACCCAACAGAGCUCGGUCCAGCGUGGUUCGACAGGGUUUUACGAGAGGGACCAAAACGGGACAUGGCCUCGGAAUCCAGUCACCAGUGGUUUCCCAAUCCACGGACACCUUCCCCGGUGCCCACCAGCAAGCUCGUGUCCCAGUGCCCCAAGUCAGUGGUAGUCAACCCUCUCGACUAUCUAGAACGCUGCAUGGGAAAGUCGCAAAACCAGGAACACUCGAGUUUACCGGAUACGAGAGCAAGAGAUGGUUAUGGUGAUGUGCAGGGGCGAGAUGUCUACACACGCACUCUGGUAGAUGCUCCGAAUGCCAAAAUGAGAGGUAGUGAUACUAAUGUGCCGGGGCGAGAUGGCUUCACUACACACUCACUGACAGACGCUCCGAAUACAAGAGGGAGAGAUGGUUAUGGUGGUGUGCAGGGACGAGAUGGCUUCACUACACACUCACUGACAGACGCUCCGAAUACAAGAGGGAGAGGUGGUUAUGGUGGUGUGCAGGGACGAGAUGGCUAUACUACACACACACUGACAGAUGCUCCGAUUACAAGAGGGAGAGGUGGUUAUGGUGGUGUGCAGGGACGAGAUGGCUUCACUACACACAUACUGACAGACGCUCCGAAUACAAGAGUGAGAGGUGGUUAUGGUGAUGUGCAGGGGCGAGAUGGCUUCACUACACAGCCUCUGACAGACCAUCCAGAUAUAAGAGGGAGAGGUGGUUAUGGUGGUGUGCAGGGGCGAGAUAGCUACACAACGCACACACUGACAGACGUACACACACAUAAGAUCCACCCACACCACAGACAUGUAAUCCAGAGUCUCGGCGAGGUGAGACUCAUGGAAACAGAGCCUUAUGGUCAUGUGAGGGGUGAAAUCGGACACGCCCCCACCAACACUAGCUAUGGGCACAGUCAUUCAUGGCCGAGGGAUGGACACGGGCUGCACCAGGGCUAUGGAAAGGGACAUGGCUUGGUGGGGAAUGCGUAUAUGCUUCCCACGACCCAGCAGGACAUUAGUAACAUCCCACAAGGACAUCCAAUGCAUCCUAGCAAGAGUAUAAAGAAAACUGAUCCUGUGGUAGCGUUUCAGGGUGGACCGCAACAACCUAGACCAUUACUGAACCUAACAGAUGAUGUUUUCCAGUGUUAUCAUCUUGGACACAACACCGCACCUCCACCACCACCACCAGGACCUCUACGACAAUCACCAAAGCAGAACCGACAGACCAAGGAGGAGUUACGCGAUAUCUUCAGACUGACGCCAAUGGACUCGGACUCACUCUUAACAUUACUGGAACCUGAGGGAGGGACAGCAGGGGCCAACACAGGAGUCAGCACUAGUCAGCACCCACACAGCGCACCCUACAGGCACACCACAGCGGACUGGGGUGCAAGGGAUGUGUCGAAAUUCACCCAGUCUCAUGGUGAACGGAGGAGUGGAGUGAGAGGGAUGGGGUAUGGUGUGUGUGGGUGGGGUGGGCAGUGUGCGGGGGGGAUCUAUUGUGGUGGGGUGUGUGGUGGACGCAGCGCACCACCCCCACACAGCACCGCACAUCCCCCUAUGCACACCUCGCGCUGGCAUAGAUGAGUCUGUGGGUCAGCGGAACGGGGGAAAUGGGAAUGGAAAAGAUGAAUGCGAUUGAUGGAUUGUUAAGAGAGGGAGAGAUUCAGAGCCCACCCAACCACAUAAGGAAAAAUAAGAAUGAUAAACAAAAAGAAGAAGAAGAUAGAGGAGAGUGGGAAGGAUGAAUGAUCAUGGUAGAGAGAGUGUGUGACUGUUAAGGGAGGGAGAGUCUCAGAGCCUACCCAACCACAUAAGGAAAAAUAAGAAUGAUAAACAAGAAGAAGAAGAUAGAGGAGAAUGGGAAGGAUGAAUGACCAGGGUAGAGAGAGUGUGUGACUGUUAAGAGAGGGAGAGACUCAGAGCCUAUCCAACCACAUAAGGAAAGGUGAUUAGGAGAUAAGAAGAAGAAAAAGCUUAUAAUGAAGUAGAUGUGAAUGUCUCUGUUUUGUUCAUUCUUCUUCCAUAACUUCUCCAUUUUAGUAAUUGUGGAGUUUCCCGAUGUUUCUUUUUCUUGUAAUCUAUGGUGUUGUUUUUUCAGGUUCAUUAAUAGUUCUUUUUUGUAGUGUUAAGUAAAGUCUUGAAGGUUAAAUAUAUCAGUUAUACAUUAAAUAGAAUAUAUAUACAUAGUAAUAUAACACUUGUCUUUUUUUUAACCAGCCAGUCAGUUAG